UCAGCCUGAAAGCAGAAAAGGAGGAUAACUACCCCCCAAACAGGAUUUACCAACAAGAGGCAACCCUUCCCAGGGCAUUCUUCUCCUGGUUCUGCAAGGAGCACACCUCCUCCUGGAAUGGCCAUACGAUUGCUCAGAGCUCCGUAAACAUCAGAGGCAGCGGGAAUGCUCAGCAGUGGGUGGGGUUGGCAAAGACUUUUAGCCCCCACUUGUAACACUGCCUUCCCCGGACUCGGGGAGUGCAGGUGUUGGUCCCGGGGUGAUCAGCAGCGAGGAGCAGGCGUGUGGACUGAGUUGCGGGUCGCCUUUUUCUCCUCCCAGCGCUGCGCGGGUCACCGGGCAUGGGUGGGGAGAGACACGCACCAUCCCAGCCGCGUGUCCCUCGGCGUGCUCCGAGACCCAGGGCGGCACCACAGCACUCGGUGUCCCACGGCCACUUGGGCAGGAAUAUGACGGACCCCCAGCUGUGUGCUGGACAGAGGAAGCCCAACCUGUCCUUUUCCAUUGAGGAAAUCUUAAAGAAACCUUCUGCCAGCACUGUCCCGAACAGUGAAACCAGCAACAAAGGUAGCUGUGCUGAGAGACUUCCCUCCCUAAAAGCAGAGUCACCGGUGGCCUUUGAUUCCAGCAGCCAGAGUCAGUCUGACUGUCACUUACCUUCAACCAAAAUGCUUCUUCCUAUUACAUGUGCUACACCCAUGGCCAAAGCAAGGAGGGUGCAGGUAACUCACUGCGAAAGACCUACUGCCAACCCAGUGUCCUUCCUGGGUGAGGACACGGGACGUGAACGUCUGGAAGGCAAAAGAAAACACGAGGAAGAUCAGCUAUGUGGUUUCCCAGUGGACCAUCCACUUCAUGCUGAGAGGAAAGGGAAACGAAGAAUCCGGACAACGUUCACAGCUGAGCAGCUCCAGGAACUGGAAAAAAUUUUCAAAGUGACUCACUACCCGGAUGUCCAUAUUCGCAAUCAACUGGCAGCAAAGAUAAACCUCCCAGAAGCCAGAGUUCAGAUCUGGUUCCAGAAUCAGCGAGCAAAGUGGAGGAAACAUGAAAAGUUCGGCAACUUUGGUGGCCUUCACUAUCUGACAGAAGUUGAUUUUGUUCCUGCUCCCAAGUCAGAUAUCACAGCUCCUAGCUUGAUGCCAAGAAAGCUCUCUGCUUCCUAUCCUGCCACGGGAUACUACUCACCACUGCAAGGACAGCUGACAACUGCCUGGCUGCCCAGCACACUCUCCUUCACUCCACACCAUGUGGAGCUGCUGCCCUUCCCAAAACCAUACUUGCUUUUCAAUGUCCUGCCCCCUUACAGCUCGCUGCUACCCCGCAAGUUGGAAAGGAGCGGUAUCUGUGCCAGCUCCUCAUAGAGGAGGACAUGGGGCAUUGGGGAGCUUUGGGGAUGCCUUUCUCCUCAUGUCCUCCGUGGAGGUGUGCGGUUCCUCUCCUCGAACAAACCUGCUGGGAUGAUGGGUGGCAGUGGUGCCAGGUCACCAUGCUGGAGAAGUGCUGCCGGGAAUUGCCACAGCCCAAUGGAUGUGUGCAAGAGGCACCAAGGACCAGAAAGGAGCUCCUCAUCUCCCUGAGGAGCAGCACACUCUGUUGAAACCCAACCCUUCAACCAGCACUUCACCAAGCAGCCCUGCUAAAGGACUGGGAUUUUACUCAGCCAUGAGACGUUGGAUGACCCUCUUGCACAGAUGGCUUGGGGCAGGAAAGAUGCCUGGGAUAACGUGCGCAUAGGCCUAAGGUCCAGCCAAAAGUGCUUUUCUCUGCAGGUUUUGGUCACUUUCCUCAUACAUUCUGGUCUUCAUGUCCUGGGCUGCUGCAAAGAACGUGUUUAGGUCAAAAAUCAAACUUUCAAGAUACUUUUUUUUCCAAGUAGUCAAAUGAGGGGGAGGGGGAUUGAUUUUUUGUCUGUGUUUUUGACUUGAAUAAAGGGGCACAAACACAA